AAAAAGGAGGGGGAAGAAAAGAAACUCAGUCCCUUUGUGUGUAGAGGACCCAGCAGGAAAGCGAUUUUGCAAUUACUUCAGCUUGCCGGCAAAGCAAGCUUGGUUCCUCUGACCCUCUCAUCUGCACACACUUGUACACUGGACUGUCUCACUCUGCUCACUGUCUAUACAAGCACAUACAAGAGUGAGCGUUUGUUUAUGGGUUGCAUCUGGAAGCGCUUCGAGAGCCAACAACAACGCAGGGUUUCUGCCCCCGAUGAUGAAAGCAAACGUCAGACUAACCCAUGAAUAUUGAUGCGGAGGUAGUCUGUUUCAUAGACGGAACAGAAGGAAGCAAGAUGGCUGCCCUUUAGGAUUUGUUUAAGAGGAGACCUAGACGGUUUGUUGGAAUUCUACAAAGUGGAGGGACUUAAAAAGAGAGUUGGUGUGUGGUGGACAAUCUGGUGCACUCGGCUGACAUGGAUGCAGCACACUGGAGGUGGUUAAAGAGGACGAAGAGAGGGCAGCCUUGUGAAUGGACCCAGAGCAGACCAGAUGGAAACAGAAAAGACCAGCCAUGAUACGGAAAAAAGUCUGAUACUUGCACAAAUCGGUGCCACUCAGCAGACAGACCCUCUUCUCUUCAAGCAACAGAAUGGAGAUCUGUCACCUGAGGUCUUGUCUCAGCAGUUCAAUGGAGACACAAACUGGAGCCAUCUCAAGCCCAGCACAGUGGUCUAUCCGAUGAAACGACAACAGGAUAAUUGUUCUAACCCUGCUAACAUGCAGGGCAUAUUUGAUCAAAACAUGUAUGAGAUGAAUGGACAGAUGAAACAUGCUCUAAGUGAACAGACAUAUUUGGACUUUCACCAGCCUAAAAAACUCUGUACUGAUUCAGGGGUGAAUGGAAAUGAAGACCUGAGGCUUUGGGAUAAAAGAGAAACCGGAAUAGAGAACCGAUUAGAAGGAUUCUCUAAGCACAACAAGCCAGGAGAUUUUGAGAUAAAACAUAGUAAAAGAAACUGUAACUUCUCUAAUGGGGAUUUAUUCUCAAUGUCACAGAACAAGCAAGUUCCAAUGUCCAAUGGUGCUACAACAAGCCCACCUUCAGUAAAGGGUAUAACUGGUGACCUCUUAGAGAAAACUUUGUCUCAGUAUUACCCAGAGCAUGUGUCUAUUGCACCUCAAACCAACUCAUCUCAAGUAGAUCAGGUCACCAGCAACCUGCCUGAGCAGGUGACUUCUUCACCUUCAUUUACCUCAGGUUUUUCUAUUUCACCCCAUACAUCAGCCUCCGAGCCACUUGCCAAGGCAGCCCCAGAAGUACAAGGCAGCAAUGGCAACAACCCUAAAUUUACAGUGAAUGGAUACUCUAGCUUUGCAGCUGAGCAAAAGAAGCCUGCUUAUCCUCUCUCUGACCUCCCAGAGUUUGGAACACAAUCAAGUCAGGAAGCUUCCAAUGUGCCAUCACAGACAGGCGUUAAUGGUUGCUCACAGAUUCAAAAAGAUAGAAAAGAUAAAAAAGAUAACCUUCUGAGCGAGUGUUUAAGUAUAUUCUCCAAGUCCAACCAGGAUUUUAGCAGUGAAUCAUAUAAAUUGCCCCCAAUUAUGACAAGUGCCCCCUCACAAAAAACUCAGACAGGUCAGCAGAACCUACAGAUUAAGGUGCAACAAAAACAACCAACUGAUGAAAACCUCCACAACAAUAGAGACUUUUCUUUGCUACAGCAACAGAAUCUUGAGCCACCAACAGUUGACAGCAGGUUGAUUUCCCAGGCCUGUACACCAACAUCACAGAAUCCAUACAGUGACCACGAUAAUAAGCCUGAACCAGAUCAAGAAAAGACAAAGAGUACAGAUCCCCCAUCCCAGAUGGAAUGGAUAGAUUUAAACUCGGCUUCAGCUCCACUGCCAUCAACUGACCACUCACAGAUGUGGGAUUUUUACCUUCCACAGACCCAAAUGCAGCAACAUACAGUCUCGCAGAGCCAAAGUCAUUGUACAAAUUCCAUGCCCUCAAACAACUUCCAGUCUUUGAAUUUCAGUAAUCCCAGUUUUCCCUCACAUGAAAGUCAGGCACAAGAGAGUUACAAAAAUUCCCAACCUCCUACACAAUUUCCCCAAAAUUCUGCCCCUGAAUGUCAACAAAGAAAAUCUGGAAUGCACAAUCAUGCUUCCAUGCAAUUUGACAAACCCCAACACACGUGCCAGGAGUUAUGCAAAAAUGAUCAAGACCAGACACAAUCCCAGGGCUUCCUCUCUCAGCCACCACCUACUGAGCCUCAUCAGCAGGCAACCAGCACAUUUUCCCAUCAGCUCCCUCAGGACAGACAGAAUAUGCAAGCAGCUCCACAAAAAGAUGUUUCCCACAUCCAGGUAGAUGCACCACUCUUAAAAAGGCUUAAAACAGAGGGUUGUCUUCAUUCAGAAUCCCAGACAAUAGCUCUAGGUAUUGAACCCCCAGCACAAACACUGUCUAAGACAACUAUAAGAGAAUACUCAGCAUUUCCAGACCCAUCUAAUUCAAAUGUACAAUCCCUGUCUAAAGAAACAAAAGCUCUAACAGAGAGGAAACUCCAGCAGAACAUACAGUACCCUCAAAACACCAGUAAACAACAACCAAACUACCAGCAACCUCUCCAUCACAGCGUACACAAUCAUUUGGAAUUCCCCCAGUCUCCGAUUUCUCAAUCACAAGUUUCUAAUGGUCUUCAGAUACCGGCUCAAACAUUUACCAAAACGGAAUUGCAAGAGCUCUUUGCCCAAAUCCAGAGGGAGUCUCUCGCAAGCCAAGGUGCUCAAGGAGAUUUGCAGAGGCACACAGCCUUGCGAAUGCACCUUCUGCAGAGGCAGGAGCGACAAGGCCCCAACAACAUCAGACCAAUUAAGCCAACCAUAAAAACUGAAAACUGCUCAGGUUUAGAGACCUCAGCUCAACUGCCACCCAUGGACGUGCUACAGCAAGAUCAAGACAAAACCAAAGUCAUGCCAGUGGCUGUAAAGCAGGAGUAUCCUUCUUCAUCCUGUGAACAAAGCCUGCCAAGCAGUAUUCUUGCUACCAUGGAACAGCGGUUAAAACAGUAUCAACUAUCACCUGUGUUUGAAAGAAAGUCUUUGGUUAUCAAGUCACCCAAUAAGGUUAAGGUGGAGAUUGCUGGGGGUGUGACUGUGCUCUCAACCAGUGCUGAGGGGAAUGUCAAGGAACAGUGCAAACCACAAAACUUCACCCCACCUAAAAAGAUUGAACCCGGGUUACAAAGCUUUCUGGAUUCACCCAUGAAGAUGCUUAAUACACCAAUAAAAAACUUACUUGAUACACCUAUGAAGACACAGUAUGAUAUUCCUUCAUGUCACUGUGUUGACCAAAUCAGUGAAAGGGAUGAAGGACCAUAUUAUACUCACUUAGGAUCAGCACAGACUGUUGCAGGCAUCCGCAAAAUUAUGGAGGAAAGAUCUGGACUGACUGGAAGUGCCAUUAGGAUUGAAAAAGUUGUGUAUACUGGCAAGGAAGGGAAGAGUGGGCAGGGCUGCCCCAUUGCUAAAUGGGUAAUACGGAGGGCAAACGUAGACGAGAAACUCCUGGUCUUGGUACGAGAACGGACUGGUCACUCAUGUGAAACAUCCUGUAUAGUAGUGGUCAUCUUAAUUUGGGAAGGCAUAACAACGAACCUGGCUGACAGUCUCUACACUGAACUCAGUGACACGCUAACAAAACAUGGUGCCCUAACCAACCGCAGAUGUGCUCUAAAUGAGGAGAGAACAUGUGCAUGUCAGGGUUUGGAGCCUGAUGCCUGUGGAGCUUCUUUCUCCUUCGGCUGCUCCUGGAGCAUGUACUAUAAUGGCUGCAAAUUUGCCAGAAGUAAAAUCCCCAGGAAGUUCAAACUGCUUGGUGAUGAUCCCAGGGAGGAAGAGAAACUGGAACAAAAUCUCCAGGGUCUUGCAACUUUCAUGGCCCCAUUGUAUAAACAAAUGGCACCUGAUGCUUACAGCAAUCAGGUGGAGCAUGAACACAGAGCUCCCGAUUGCCGUCUGGGCCUAAAAGAUGGACGGCCAUUUUCUGGAGUGACAGCCUGUCUAGACUUUUGUGCUCAUGCUCACAGAGACCUCCACAACAUGCAAGGGGGCAGUACUGUGGUCUGCACGCUAACACGAGACGACAAUCGUGAGAUUGGAAAAAUUCCUGAGGAUGAGCAGCUGCACGUGCUUCCCUUAUACAAGGCCUCCUCCACUGAUGAGUUUGGCAGUGCUGAGGCUCAGCUGGAAAAGACGAAGACUGGUGCCAUUCAGGUGCUCAGUGCCUUUCGUAGACAGGUGCGUAUGCUACCAGAGCCUGCCAAGUCUUGCCGGCAAAAGAAGCUGGAUGCCAGGAGAGCUGCAGCUAACAAAACAAACCCCAACACACCUAACUCCAAAAUGGACAGCACCCAGCAAGCAAAGCAGAAACAGACCGCUUUUGAGACCCCAGGCCAGAACACAACUGUAACAGGCUCAGGUAACAUAAAUCUGGAUCCCGGGCAUCUCCCGCAUGCUGGCCAUCAGCAUCAUCGGCAGCAAACACAACCUAAUUCUAAUCCCACUUACACGGUCUCGCAGUUCCCUAGAUUCUCAAAUGCAUCAGGAGCCCUCUCAAAUGCUUCUAAACCAAUGACCCCACAUCCUCAAACACCACCUAAUGCCAGUCCCUAUCCCUCUCAUUUACAUGCACCCAACUCUUACAUUAACGUGUCUAAUGCACCCACCCCAUACCCCAGGUCUCUUACACCCAACCCUCUCUAUACUGGUUACCAAUGUAAUGGGGGGCUUCCCAUGGACAACUACCACCCUUACUACUCUUCUAAUCUAAAGCAUCCAGAUAUGUAUCAUCCCCAAAGAAAUUCGCUGUUCUCUGAGCAGCAGUACAGCGCAUCUCAACAUUAUGCCGUCAACUACCCACCACACUACGGAGAGCCUAGCUUACCACCCAAUGGUUAUGGUACCUGUAACAUGAAACCUGGCAUGACCUCUAUGGGACAUUACCCAGGUUAUCAUCCUAAUAUGCCACCUGAUGCCUUCUCCAGGCCUCCUUCAGCUCAUCUACAUUUGGACUAUGCUACUAUUGGCAAAAGCAGCCAGUUUGAUGCUUACCCCAAGCCUCAUAUGUCCCAGAAUUCCCAAAUGUUUCCCCCAAACCCAAAUACCUUAAGUAUGCAAAGUAAUAACGAGUUAGAGAUAAACAUGCAUGGAGCAAAUGGUAUCCCUCAGGUGUUUCCUCCUUUGGGUAAUGAAUGCUUCAACCCAAACCAACAUCCAGGCUUGAGGCAUUCCAGUGAAAAUGCCCUUAACCCCGUUGUCAACCAGACAACACUUGCCCAGAGUUCAGAACAAAAAGAAAAGGAGGAUGUGUGGUCUGACAGCGAGCACAACUUCCUUGAUCCUGAAAUUGGAGGGGUAGCAGUGGCACCUAGUCAUGGUUCAAUCAUUAUCGAGUGUGCUAAGCGGGAACUCCAUGCGACUACACCAGUCAAGAAGCCUGACCGCAACCACCCCACCCGUAUCUCACUGGUGUUUUACCAGCACAAGAACUUGAAUGAGGCAAAACACGGACUGGCUCUGUGGGAAGCCAAGAUGGCAGAGAAGGCCCGGGAUAAAGAGGAAGAUGCUGAGAAGCACGGUGCUGAAAAUACAACGAGCAAGAGCAGUGGAAAGAGAGUGAAACGAGAACAUUCAGAACCUUCUGAACCUCCAUACAAGCGGUUUCUUCUCAUGCUUACAGAACGGUCAAUGUCUUGCACUACUAAUACAUAUGUAAGCACAUCUCCCUAUGCCUUUACCAAGGUGACCGGACCUUACAAUCAUUUCCUGUAAAAACCUCUCUCUAGGUUCAGAGCAUUCAUAAACACAAGAAUGAGAGUGAAUGACAUGGUGCAUGAAAUGGUGCUACAAUAUAGUGACCUCAGUACCACUGACCACAUAACCCAUAAUUCUUGUUCAGUUUCAGGUUCUUGACAAUAGUAAGAUUCUGUAUUAUUACUAUACAUAGAGCAUCAGUUGGCUUUUUACACGCUCUUAAAAAGUCAAUCUUUACUGUUUGAUCAAUUGGAAAUAUUUAUUUAAAUACUCACGUAUGAUAACACUGUUCUUCAUCCAUGGUGCUUAAAGUCCAACAAAUUUGGACAUAUUACUGGAAAGAAAUAUUCAUCCUAGGUGACUUUUGUGGCUAAUCACAUUUUUAUGGUGCUAGUGAGUGUUUUGAAUGCAGAAAUGUGUUUUUUAAAGCCUUUCUUUAACAACACACAACUUGUAUAAUUUUAAAGUAAUACACAUUCUUUUUAAUUAAGCAAUUAAGACAUUAUCAAGCUUAAAUAAUGUUUUAGAAGCACUUGUUUAGUAAUAAUGAGGGCAGCACUUGCUGCUCUCCAAUUUGAAAAAAAUGUAUUAUACUCCAUUCAUUUUAGUUUCACAAUGAGGAAAACAAUGAUGACGAACUCCACAGUGGAUAGUUAAAAAUAAUUUUAAAUACUUUAAAACAAUUUUACAAAUUACUUACACUUACUGUGUAGUGAGCCACUGAGGGCCAAUUUUGUAACAGUAAUGUUCUGAGAAAGAAAUCACACAAAAUAGCAAACAAAACCGUGAAAUUUCAGAACACUGAAUACUGGAGUCAAGAAAAACAUUGGUCAAUAUUAGGACCUCAAAGCAUAUGUCAAGGAACACCUAACAGGGUUAUUUUUACAUCAAUGUCACUGUUUCAGAGGCAGCUGGCUUGGCUUGCUGUGGGUUUUUUACAUAACGCAACUUUAGCUGUAUAAAAAAAAGUUGAGAUUUGUACAGUAAAUUAAUUUUUCUUUGAAUGUAUGCUUAGACAAUAGUUUAGUAAAGAAGAGUACUAUUUCUUUGGGUUUGAUUUUAUUAUUUCAAAUGGUGCUACUUGACCUGCUAUAAAUAUAAUGUGAGUAUCUCUAAGGGCGUUGAGAAGGCUUAUGAAUGAUGUAGAAAAACCUACUUAUCAUAUACCUCAGAACUAGUUUGGCAAUAGAAUUAUAAUAUCAAGGUGUUUCUGUUAUUUUACUUCCAAACACUUUGUAGCAAAAACUAACACAUACCUUAUGGCCAUUAUUGAUGCAAAGUUCAUUUCUUGCUUUCUUCACACUUGAUCAGAAAGUAUUGCUUGAACUUCAAGUGUCAACGGAAUUGCAAAAUCAGGGAUAUAUCAGCUCAUUUCAGUGCAUAAACAUCACUUGUGUUCAUGUUGUCUUCUCUAAUUCAGGUUUGAUCCUUUAUAUUUAAAAUUCUUAUGAAUUGCUUGUAUACCACACACAUAUCUAACUUUAUUAGAAAAUUAAAACAAUCAGAAUUUAUGUGCUGUUGAAGCAAAAUGCUGAUAAACCUUUUAAAAAGUAAUUUGAACAUUUUAACAUUUAAGCACUGAUUUAAUUAAAGGGAAAGUGUCAUGACAUAUAAAGCAAUGCAUUUCCAAGUCAGUUAAAAUACUAUGUGGACAAUUAGUUGCAUAUGUAUAGUUUGAGACUGAGUACAUUUACAACCACUAAACAUAUGUUAUUGCCUCUUACACUCCUGUCCCUGAAUUAAAUUAGAUAUUUGAUGAGUUAUUGGUAAUUAAUGAAAUACAACUCAUUCCACUCUGACAUGAACAAAUUAAGCACUUCAAUUUGUUGUUCUUUUUUUAAAUAGAUGUAAAUGCAAAAUAGAUAGAAUAUUGUAAAUUUCUUAAAUAGAUUUAUUCCACAUUGUGUAUACACCACAUAAUUGCAUUGCAUAAGUCUAAGUCCAUUCUUCUCAAUUCUAAGUCCAUGUUAUGUACGAAGGUUCAUUUCCAUGUUUGUUUAAAGUCAACCCACACAAUAAUAAUAAUAAUCAUAAUAGAUUUUGUUCCAAAAUCCUUUGUCUUGUUGGUUUUCGGGUUACCUGAGGUUUUUUUUUUUUUUCUGUCAAACAAUAGCAACGUUUACAAUUUUUUUUUUUCUAUUACAAAUCAAUUCGAUGUACUGACUAGUUAAGGAAGAAGCUUCCAGUUCUGUAGUUUAAAUUAGAUGUUAAAUUUAAGUGUAUAGGGCCCAGCUUGAGUAGCAGGUUGUGUAUGAAGCAAGUGAAAUGGGUGGUUAAAAUUUAGUGAGUGACAAGAAUAGCCAUACUUGAAGAUGCUUCGGAGUGUUUCUGAGUGGAGUCAACUUUACUUGAAUGAAUUUCUGACUUCAACUAACGAACUGGGGUGCACAACUUUUACAUUAAGCUAGCAGUUUAUGUACACAUUGGUAUUUUGCCAUUAGACACUAAAAGUUUUAAAUGUGCUAUUUUCUGCCUUUUUGUAUUGCUCCUCGUUUGUAAUGCUUAAAACAUUGAAUUCAGAAUGGCAUUGAAUACUGUAAGUAUUGUAUUGUACUGAAGAACUGAAUGCAGUUUAUUUGAAAAAUAUUUGUUAUGAUUUGUUAUCAUUCCUAAUAUUGCUGAAAUGUGGGGUUUUUAAUAAAAUGUAUAUUUAUUUCAAGCA